AUGCCACCAAAGGCAAAGCAGCAGGUGGAAGCUGUGUCCCUGGGGCCCCAGGUUCGAGAGGGCGAGAUCGUGUUUGGCGUUGCGCACAUCUACGCCUCCUUCAAUGACACCUUUGUCCACGUGACAGACUUGUCUGGGCGUGAAACCAUCAUGCGUGUCACUGGCGGAAUGAAGGUGAAGGCCGACCGGGAUGAGUCAUCACCCUAUGCGGCCAUGUUGGCGGCCCAGGAUGUGGCAGCCCGUUGCAAGGAGCUUGGCAUUGGCGCACUGCAUAUCAAGCUGCGAGCCACCGGAGGAACCAAGACUCGCACGCCUGGACCUGGAGCGCAGAGUGCCCUCCGUGCCCUGGCGCGAUCGGGCAUGAAGAUUGGCCGAAUCGAGGUGGGCACAACAGACUGCGGGGAAGCUUUGGAAUCUGUGGCCAAGCCAGCUGCAGGAUGUAACGCCGAUUCCAACAGACUGCACCCGCCGCAAGUGCGGACGCCGCGGACGACGUCUGUGAGUCUCAAGGGCUUGCAGCCUUUCCACCUCUGGAGAGUCUGCUAUGGAGCGGUCAGUCAGCAGGUUGCUCUGGCAUCGGAUGCCUCUGUCAACCUGUGCUCUGAGGCCUUUGAGAGUGAACAAAACGAGCCGAAGCAGCUGACUCCCGAGGAGCUCCCAGCUGCCUGCCGAAGUGGGGACGAAGAAGCAGUGAAGGCCUUCCUGCAGAAAGUGGGUCCCAGAGGGCUCAGCGACGGCAGCGAGGAGGCACUCUUCGACGUGUACGGAGAGUCGGUUCUGCACCACGCCAUACAUGGAUCCCACAUCGAGGUGGCGCACUUGCUUCUGGAUGUCGGUCUUGUACAGGUUGACAUUCCGAACGCGCGGAAUGAGACUGCGCUUGCAGUUGCAUGUCGCAAGGGAGACAGCUCCAUGGCUUCUUUUCUGCUGAAGGCAGACGCCAACCCCAACUGUGCCGACUGCAAUGGCCUCACGCCCUUCCUGGCCGCUGUCCUUGGCGGAGCCAGCAGCGAUUUCCUGGAGAUGCUUGCGGCGGCCAAGGCUGACAUCAGUGUCCUGGAUGGCCGCGGGGUCGGAGCACUCCACUGCGCGGCCCUGAGCGGCAAUUUGCAGCUCAUGCAAUGGCUGACUAGCCACAGGGUGGAGCUGGACUUGCAGACGGAGCACGGCACUUCCGCUCUCAUGCUGGCCUCCAAACGGGGCCUGGCGGAUGGAGUGGCCUUGCUGCUCGCCGCGGGGGCCAACCCCAACCUAUCGGACAAGGCCGGCUGCAGCGCCCUGAUGCAGGCUGUAGCGCGACCAGAGGUAGCUAGACUGCUCCUGGAGGGCGGCGCUUCAGUGGACUUGGUUGACUCUGCCGGGCGGAACGCCCUCUUCCACGCCGUCAUAAGCGGUCGCAUCAACAUCAUGGAUGAAGAUGGGCGUUCGCCCCUCUAUCAGGCCUGCCUGAUGGGCGCCACCCCGCUGGCAGAGCUGCUUCUUGCUGCGGACGCAGAUCCGAACCUCGCUGGGCGAGCGUCACCGGUACGCCCUGCCGCCGAGGAGGAAAACGAGGACAACGCUGCGAGAGUCCUCUUGGAAGAGUCCCGCACGUGCCUGCAGGUCUGCGCGAUGCUUGCCCACAAUGAGCUGAUGCUGUGCUUGUUGGAGCACAGUGCAGACAUCAAUGCGGCUCCUGGAAGUCUGGGCUGGAGUGCCCUGCACUUGUGCUCGGCGGUAAGCAACCAGGAAGGUACCUCCAUCCUGCUGUCGCGUGGGGCCAAUGCCGCGCUUGAGGACGUGGAGGGCAACACGGCAAAACGGCUGGCGGAGCGUGCCGGCAACGAUGCGCUUGUGGAGCUUCUUGGGGAGCGACAUAACCAUUCUCAAGGUGUGCUUCCCUCUCCAGCCCGGCGGAAGCAAAUGAAGGGUCAGCUGCCGCCACUUGCCAACAGCGCGGCAGAGACAGAGGCUCCCGAAGACCAGGAGCCCCUUGAGGCGUUUAGAGAAGAGUGGGAACCCCGCGAAGCGACGGACUCGCUGCUUGACCGCGUCUUCGGCCCCAUGGUUCAUGAUGCCAUGCUCUGCGAGCAAUGGCGGGAUAGACUGGAGGCCCACAUCUAUGUCUGUCAAAACUUUGCUCAGGUCAACGCUGCGGCUCCGGACUUGGUUCGAGCUGUUAGCCAGGCCACUGGCAUGGCAGCCAGGGACAAGAUGCCAAAGGUGUUUCACGCAGCGCUCGGAAGCUUGGAAGAACUGCUAUCCGAUGCCCGCAUCGAUGAUGUGAGCCCGGAUCUCAUGAAGUUACGGGACAGCGAUGGCCUGAUAACAGUUCUGCUGGACAAGACGGAUGUAGGCGGUGGCUCCAGCAAGGCCACUUCGCAGCUGCUACUGCCCUCUGUUCCUGCGUGCUUCAUGGCCGUGCAGG